AUGGCCGGGGAGGCGCGGCCGGGUGCGGACGCCGCCCUGCGCCGCCUCCUGAGGCUGCACCGCACCGAGAUCGCCGUGGCGGUGGACAGCGCCUUCCCGCUGCUGCACGCGCUGGCCGAUCACGACGUGGUCCCUGAAGAUAAGUUCCAGGAGACGAUGACUCUGAAGGACAGGGAGGGCUGUCCCCAGGCCUUCCACGCCCUCCUUUCCUGGCUCCUGACCCAGGACGCCACGACCAUACUGGACUUCUGGAGGGUUCUCUUCAAAGACUACAACCUGGAAAGAUACACGCGCCUGCAGCCUAUCCUCGACAGCUUCCCUAAAGAUGUGGACCUCAGCCAGCCUCGGAAAGGGAGGAAGCCCCCCACUGGGCCCAAGGCCUGCAUGCUACCACCCAGACCCCCAGCUAAGAGGAAAGCCCAGGAUGAGCCCCGGGGUGCCCCACUGGCUACCUUGUCCCCCAGGGGCAGCUCCAGCCCAGGAUCCCAACCGAAGGCCAAGACCUCUAAGAAGCUGGAGAGCAUCAGCGAGCCACAGCGCAUCCCUCUGGGUAGCGGAAUCCAGACCAUGUCUGCCUCAGUCCAGCGAGCUGUAGCCAUGUCCUCUGGGGAUGUCCCAGGAACCCGAGGGGCUGUGGAGGGCAUCCUCAUCCAGCAGGUGUUUGAAUCAGGUAGCUCCAAGAAGUGCAUCCAGGUAGGGGGUGAGUUUUACACUCCCAGUAAGUUUGAAGAUCCUGGAGGAGGUGGUGCUAAUGGGAAGAACAAAACCCGCAGUGGUAGCAGUCUGAAGCCUCUGGUCCGAGCCAAAGGAGCCCAGGGCAUUGCCCCUAGUGUAGAUGACCCAAGGCUGGUCCAGCAGGGCAGAGCCCCCACUCCUGCUGCCCUCCCUAGCGAGCCCCAGCUCCACCAGAAGAAUGAGGACGAAUGUGCCGUGUGCCGGGACGGUGGGGAGCUGAUCUGUUGUGACGGCUGUCCCCGAGCCUUCCACUUGGCCUGCCUCUGCCCACCGCUCCAUGAAAUCCCCAGUGGGACCUGGAGGUGCUCCAGCUGUCUCCAGGAAAGAACUCUGCAGGAUGCUCCCCUCACAGAGAAGCCUCAGCCCCAGGAGGGGCCCCAGGAGCGACCCCAGGAGCCCAUUGUCCUCUUAGGACUGAGGCAGGUGAGUGAGGAGGCAAGGGGCCUCCCCAAGGGGCUUCCAGCUGGUGUUGACACUGCUCUCACCUAUAAGCACUUGAUGCCCCCACCCUCCACAACCCCCUUGCCAGUGCUGGAGCCCUCUGCCCUGCGUCCCCUGCUGUGUGCAAAUGCUGAUGGACGGCAGGGCGCAGCGCAGGGCGCGCGGUGCGGCGUGUGCGGGGACGGCGCGGACGCGCUUCGGUGCACGCACUGUGCGGCCGCCUUCCACCUGCAUUGCCACUUCCCGGGGGGCAACGCCCGGCCCGGAGCUGCCCUACGUUGCAAAUCCUGCACCGGAGACCCGGCUUUGGCGCCGGGAGAGAGCACACCAGCCCCCAGCUUGGCCCGCCUGGCGCCUGGGCCGCCCAAGGUGGGGGACAGCUCUGCUGGUCACGAGCCUGGUGUGCACAGGGAUGACCUGGAAUCUCUCCUGAGUGAGCACUCCUUCGACGGCAUCCUGCAAUGGGCCAUCCAGAGCAUGUCCCGCCCUCUCACUGAGGCACCCACCUUCCCAUCCUGA